GAAGCAAAAUAAAGAAAUGGGAAGCGGGAAACCAGAAAUACACUCAAAGACAAAGGGGAAGAAGGGGUUAUCUCUCAGAAACCCUAGUAAAAAAAUCAACUUCAAGAAGAAAAAGGGUAUCAACAAGAAGACUGACCAAUCCAAAAACGAAGAAAACCAGAACAAGAGCGAGGCUUCUACACCAGCUUCAGCUUCCCAGCAGCUUAGUUUUUUCAUAAACGAGUUUCAAUCUGCCAAUGGGGUUCAGCUUUCAUCUAUUGAGCUCGAAUCAAUUAAGGAGACCUGCUUUGUUGAGUUAUCUCAAGAAUCGGGUCAAGAUGUUAUGGCCUUAGGGAGCCACAUGAAGGCGGCUUUUGGCCCAUCUUGGAAACAAGUUCUUUGUGAAGGGAAGUUGGUGGAAGGCAUUAUUGAUCCGGGGAGUCCUGCUGUUCUUAUUAUUUCUACAUCUGCCUUGAGAUCUCUAGAACUUCUAAGGGGUGUGCGCUCUUUGACGAAAGAAUGUCAUGCUGCGAAGCUAUUCUCCAAGCAUAUGAAGGUCGAGGAACAGAUAGCCAUGUUGAAGAACCGCGUAAAUUUUGCUAGCGGCACACCCAGCAGGGUAAAGAAGUUGAUCGACAUUGAGGCACUGGGGCUCUCACGGUUAACAAUGAUUGUGCUUGACAUGCACGCAGAUGUUAAGGGUUAUUCAUUGUUUACCCUUCCGCAAGUCAGGGACGAGUUCUGGGACUUGUAUAAAGAUUUCUUUCAUCAACGACUAUUGCAAGGCCAUCUACGCAUCUGUCUAUUUGGUCCUAUACCAAGCGCAAACGGUAAGGAGUUCAAGGGUAAAAAAGAAGAGUCCCUACUGAACAAGUAACAGAACCUCAGUUAUAAAUUUUGAGCUGUGUAUUAUUUUUAACUUUACUGGAUUCCAUGAAAUGUUAUACCAGCUUUAUCUUCUCAGUA